GUUUUUAGUUAUUAAAAUGCCCAUUUAUAAGUAUUUGUUGUAUAUUAUGUAUUUAAUUUGAUUUUGCUUGAAUGGCAUUGGAAUAUGUUAUUAAUUUCUUCUAUUUUCACAUGCAAGUUUGAAUUUUUUUUUUCUCGACUCUACUUUUGUGGAUGAUUUUGCUAUCAGGGCUGUUUGGUUUGAUGAAAUAGGUUUUCUCAAAAAAAAAAAAAAAAAUUCCUUUUUUUUAAUUUUUUUUUUUUUUAUUUUACUUGUCAAUUUUGUUUAAUUUGGUGGUAGGCUUAAGGGGAAGAGAGUUUUAAUUUUAGGGAGUGAGAAUUGAACCCUGUUUCUCAAUUUUACAAUUAAUUUGAAAUGAAAAUUUUGGUUGGAAAAUCCAUUUUUAUUAUUUUGAAACAUUUUCCUCCAAAUUUAAAAGGGGUGUUUGGCAAAUGGGAAUGGAGAUUACCCAUGGAAGCUGUUUUACUAUUAAAUUGUUAUGUCAAUCCAAACACCCCGUAAAUUUGAAACUAGAAAGUUUUAGGAGAAAAUGUAACACAAAUGCAAUGUUUGAGUCUUUGAGACAUGGAUGGUUGGAUGACUAAUGAAUGACAUAGUUUGUGCUAUUUUGUGCAUGUCAAAGUACCAAGCAGAAACUUUGUUUUAAUGAAAUGAAAAUGAAAAAUAAAAAAGCUUAUGCUUGGUUCCUUGACAUAGACAAGACAUUGUAAGAGACUUUUUCUGGUAAGAUGACCUCAAAAUAAGGAGCUCAUAUUCUAAUAAUUGUAUUAGUUGGGGUAUUAAGCCAUGUAUGAAAAACGUCUCACAAUGAAAGCGUCUCAACCAAGAAUUUGUGUUCUUUUAUUAGUAACACUGAAUUCGAUUAGGGUGUAGAGUAUAUAGAGGUAUACGUUUGGCCGUAUUUUCCAGUUUGGAUCUGAAGACACUGGUUCUGGUGUUUACGCAAGCACAAGUGAAGCAUAUACAUGCUCUAUUACUAAUUUGUUAUAUAUAAUAUAAAGGCUAAUGAAGGAUCACAAAAUCAAGUAAACUUUAUGGUUAAAGAGUAUAAAUGAAAUUUGAGGUUUGUGUUUGAAUCUUUAUACAAUCCUUCAAUUUUUCAAGUCCUAACUUGCAAAAUUUUCUCAUCUAUAAACAAGUAUUUAGAAUUUUAACCUUUUUAUGAAAUUAAUUUGCUAGUGUAUAUUUUUCACCAUAAUUUUUUUGCUAUUGACUCCCCCGGUUAAAAUUUUGGCGUCGCCCCUGCAGGCAUUUUCUUCUUUGAAAUUUGUAGUUGGAUCUAAGUCGAAUAGGGUCGAUUUCCCAUCAAUUAGUUGAAUUUGAUGUAGCACUUUGAACUACUUAGACCGAAUCAGUUUGAGUCAGGUGAUUUUGGUUUCGAUUUAGAUUGACAUUCCCAUGACCAAGACUCAAUUUUAUAUAUUUUAACUGUUAGAGGGCGCUUUUAAGAUUGCCCAUCAUUUAGUCGAAUUCGAUGUAGCACUUAGGACGACUUAGAAGUGACAAUCUGAAACCAGACAGGAUUAUUCAUACUAAUAAUAUGCUUUGUCGUUUUACAAAUACUUUCUCAGUUUUCUUUAAAUGAAUCAUGAAGUGAUGCAUGAGUUUCUAGAAGAGCCCAUAUGAUAAAGAAACUUAUAGAAGUGAAUGAAUAGAUCAAAUGACCCAUAUGAAGAGGAUUGAAAAUAAUGUAUAGAGGGAAUACUCUAAGGUUAUGUUACCAAUUUAGAAAAUGAGGCAAGUAAGCAACUAUCGAAAAUUAUUCUAAAGGAAAGUGAUCCAAAUGAAUAAACGUACGUAAAACAUUAUUUUUGGUCAGUUUGUUUAUUGUGUUGGGUUCACCCUCGCAGAAUCCUCGAUAAAUCUUUUUUUUUCUUGGGUACAAUAAGUAUCAUGAUUGUUAAGCUGGAAACAGUUUGCAUUAACGUACAUACGAGUGAUAUGAUUACCUACCUCUUUCUUGAACAAAGUUAUCCCUGCAUGACACAGUUCUGUUUUUUUAUCUAAAGAAUGGACUAAAAGUAAAAUUCACUCAUUUCAACUUUUGUGCAAGAUAUACAUUGACUUAAUACUUUUCUACGUUGGUUUGUGCUGGCUGCAAUGGAGAACAAGCGUAAGAUAUCAUUCAGGAGAGGGUCCUUCGUGAAAGUUCUCGAUGACAACUACACCGAAAAACUGGCAAUGCCCCCAUCUUUCGUUAAUAUCUUUGAAGGAGAAAUACCACCUUGGUUCAUCUUAGAGAUUUCUGGAUCCAGAAAAUGUUGGAGGGUAGAUGUGGAAAAUGAUGAAAACGGCAGGGUGUAUCUCAGUUAUGGUUUUAAUUGUUUUAUAAAAGCACAUUCCCUGGAGGCUGGAAAUUUCUUGCUCUUUGAGUAUGAAAAACCAUCUAUUCUCCAAGUGAAAAUAUACGAGAAGGAUGGAUCUGAAAGAGCAAAUGAAUCGACUUUCGAGUUGGAAUAUGAAAUUAGAGCCUCUGAAUCUCCAAAACAAACUCCGAAAAUCCAUGAGGGCAGACCCACUGAAUCUCCAAGACAAACGUCGAUAAUCCAUGUAGGUGGGUACGCUGAAUUUCCAAGACAAACACCAAUAUUCAAUGACGUUGGAUACUCGGAAACUCCAAGACAACCACAGAUAAUUCGUGAAGUUGGACCCUUUGAUUCUGCAAAGCAAUCUAUGAAAGUCCAUCAAGAAGAACUAACUUUAUGGACAGCAUUGCCUUCUAAGUCCAGAAUCCACGAAGGUGAACGCUCCGAAUCUCCAAGACACCCGCCAAUAGUCCAUGAAGGUGAACAUGCUGGGACUCCAAGACAACUACCCAAAAUCCGUGAAGUUGGACGCUCUGAAUUUUUGAGACAAACUCCGGGAGUCCAGGAAAAACAAGUAACUCCAUGGCCUAGAGUGCCUUCUAUUCGAUAUGGAGCAUGUGAGAUUCAGAGGAACGUUAUCAACACUACUAAAAGGAAGAAAUGUAUGAUGACAGCUACUGGACAAAAUGCAUGUUUCUCUUUGACUUGGAGAAAGGCCAGCCACUUCCUUUAUUAUGUGACAAUUCCAAAGCCAAUCCUAGUUGGGAAGACAUACUCCAACAAAGAGACAGUGUUACUUAAGGACACCGAAGGAAAUAGCUGGCCGAUGGAGCUGAGAGUAAGGCAAGAUGGUCGUGUGGAUUUAGCUAAAGGAUGGAGAGAGUUUGUUAAUGACAGUGAUUUAAUGACGGGUGAUGUGUUGAUUUUUGAGUUUUUGUCUAACAAUAUGAUUCAAGUUCAAGUCGUACGGGCUAAUCAAGUUGUUAAUCCUUCUGAAAGAGAACAAGACAGGAAAAUCGAACCCAAACAGCUUUUUAAUACACCGUAUGAAAACGUGGAGCCGACUACUAACCGUACCAUUCCUAAUAAUACACCAGUAACUGUAGGCAAUGCCAGAGUUGCUUCAGAAAUCAAAAGUUCAUCAUUCUCUGUAACUUGGAGUCUGCUAUCAAGAAAUACAUAUUUGAACAUUCCAAAGGCAAUUGCCAUUAAGCAAAAGUUGGUGGACAAAGACAUAGUGGUGCUAUGUGAUCCAGAAGGAAGGAAAUGGUCGAUUGGAGUUAGAACUAGACCGUCAGAUGGGCGUAUAGGAUUAGGCCACGGAUUGAGUGAUUUCCUGAAAGCGUAUGGAAUCGAUGUUGGCGACACUCUAAUAUUUGAGUUUGUGACGGAGCGUAUGAUCAAAGUACAUAUAAUUAAAGCUUGUGGAUUGAACCAUUUUGUUUCAGGAGCUAGUGUGAAACAAGAACUGGUGAGUCUUGACUUACCCAUGGAGGUGGGACCAUGGUUGAUUCAUGAUGCUCCUGAAGACCUGAACCAUGUUUAACAACUUCUAAUGCAGUGACUGUAAGUCUGUAACAUACUAACUGUAAGAGCAAUAUCUUCCCCUGCCUAGUGCCCACUUUUAGAUGCAUAAUAAGCUCAAAAGGUGAAGAUUUAUUGGUAGAAUUUGAGGCUAGAUUUCUUGUAA